AACGCCGUAGUAGUCGCCGGUAGACACGCCGAUGCCCUCUGAGUUUCCCCGUUCGCGCUGGGAGGCGUAGGGGCGUGGGCGCACUCCCCCCGCCCUCGUGGGACGCCCCGCCGCACGCACAUGGCCCGGCCGUAGGCGCGGUGCGGCCUGGGAGAGUCGGAAGCACGGCGAGGCGGCAGCGGCGGGCCCAUGCAGGACGCGGAGAACGUGGCGGCGCCCGAGGCGGCCGAGGAGCGGGCAGAGCCCGAACAGCAGCAGCCGGCCGCCGAGCCGCCGCAGGAGGAGCCGCCACGGCCCGCGGGACCCGGCGCGCAGGAGGCGGCGGACGGCGAGGACGAGGAGUCGGAGGCCGGGCCGGGGCCUGAAGUGCCCGCCGAGCCCGCGGCCAACGGGGAGGAGGAGGCCAGCGCCACCCCCGGCCCGUCCCCGCCCCCGCCCGAGGAGCUCCCCGCUCCGGCCGCGGACGGGGCCCCAGGAGAGCAGGCCCGGGACGCGGCGGCCGAAGGCCGGUCCGACGGGGCGGGCGGGGAACUUGGCGGCGCGGCUGAGAACGGCGACGCGGACGAGCCCUCCUUCAGCGACCCCGAGGACUUCGUGGACGACGUGAGCGAGGAAGAACUGCUCGGGGACGUGCUCAGAGACCGGCCGCAGGAGGCGGACGGGAUCGACUCGGUCAUCGUCGUGGACAGCGUGCCGCAGGUGGGGCCGGACCGGCUGGAGAAGCUCAGGAACGUCAUCCACAAGAUCUUCUCCAAGUUCGGGAAGAUCACCAACGACUUCUACCCGGAGGAGGACGGGAAGACGAAAGGGUACAUCUUCCUGGAGUACGCGUCCCCCGCCCACGCCGCGGACGCCGUGAAGAACGCCGACGGCUACAAGCUGGACAAGCAGCACACGUUCCGGGUCAACCUCUUCACUGACUUCGACAAGUACAUGACCAUCAGCGACGAGUGGGACAUCCCAGAGAAGCAGCCUUUCAAGGACCUGGGGAACCUGCGGUACUGGCUGGAGGAGGCGGAGUGCAGGGACCAGUACAGCGUGAUCUUCGAGAGCGGGGACCGCACGUCCAUCUUCUGGAACGACGUGAAGGACCCGGUCUCCAUCGAGGAGAGGGCGCGAUGGACGGAGACCUACGUGCGCUGGUCCCCCAAGGGCACCUACCUGGCCACCUUCCACCAGCGCGGCAUCGCGCUCUGGGGGGGCGAGAAGUUCAAGCAGAUCCAGAGGUUCAGCCACCCGGGCGUGCAGCUCAUCGACUUCUCGCCGUGUGAAAGGUACCUGGUGACCUUCAGCCCCCUGAUGGACAUGCAGGACGACCCUCAGGCCAUCAUCAUCUGGGACAUCCUCACUGGGCAGAAGAAGAGGGGCUUUCACUGCGAGAGCUCGGCCCACUGGCCGAUCUUCAAGUGGAGCCACGAUGGCAAGUUCUUCGCCAGAAUGACGCUGGACACCCUCAGCAUCUAUGAAACGCCGUCUAUGGGCCUCCUGGACAAGAAGAGCCUGAAGAUCUCAGGCAUAAAAGACUUCUCCUGGUCUCCCGGGGGAAACAUCAUCGCCUUUUGGGUGCCGGAGGACAAGGACAUCCCGGCGAGGGUCACCCUGAUGCAGCUGCCCAGCAGGCAGGAGAUCCGAGUCCGGAACCUGUUCAACGUUGUGGACUGCAAGCUGCACUGGCAGAAGAACGGGGACUACCUGUGCGUCAAGGUGGACAGGACGCCCAAGGGCACCCAGGGUGUUGUCACAAACUUCGAAAUUUUCCGGAUGAGGGAGAAACAGGUGCCUGUUGACGUGGUCGAGAUGAAAGAGACCAUCAUCGCCUUCGCCUGGGAGCCGAACGGGAGCAAGUUCGCGGUGCUGCACGGGGAGGCCCCACGCAUAUCCGUGUCCUUCUACCAUGUGAAGAGCAACGGGAAGAUCGAGCUCAUCAAGGCCUUCGACAAGCAGCAGGCGAACACCAUCUUCUGGAGCCCGCAGGGCCAGUUCGUGGUGCUGGCCGGCCUCCGCAGCAUGAACGGCGCCCUGGCGUUCGUGGACGCCUCGGACUGCACCGUCAUGAACAUCGCCGAGCACUACAUGGCGUCCGACGUGGAGUGGGACCCGACCGGCCGCUACGUCGUCACCUCCGUGUCCUGGUGGAGCCACAAGGUGGACAAUGCCUACUGGCUGUGGACCUUCCAGGGGCGCCUCCUGCAGAAGAACAGCAAGGACCGCUUCUGCCAGCUGCUGUGGCGGCCCCGGCCCCCGACGCUGCUCAGCCAGGACCAGAUCAAGCAAAUCAGGAAAGACCUGAAGAAGUACUCCAAGAUCUUUGAGCAGAAGGACCGUCUCAGCCAGUCCAAAGCCUCGAAGGAACUGGUGGAGAGGAGGCGGACCAUGAUGGAGGACUUCCGGAAGUACCGGCAGACGGCCCAGGAGCGGUACCUGCAGCAGAAGAGCGAGCGCCUGGAGCUGCGCGGAGGCGUGGACACGGACGAGCUGGACAGCAACGUGGAGGACUGGGAGGAGGAGACCAUCGAGUUCUUCGUCACCGAGGAAGUCAUCCCUCUCGGCAGCCAGGAGUGACCGAGAGCACUGUGCGUCACCGAGUGCCGGAGCCGGGGCGCCCCUGCAGACGGCCCGCGCCAGCCCGAGUGCCCGUGCUCCCCGCCCCGCGCCAACCGCCCGGGAGGCCCCGUCUCCAGUCGUGCCUUCACCCCGCGUCCCGGGGCGGUGUCCAGGCGCUGCUUGCAGUCUCUCGUUUGGUUUUCCAGUCACGCCACCAGCGUUCGUCACCGCGAC